AGCACGGAAAAUGUUUUCUAUUUCUUAAUUAUGUACCCUAUGGAAAAAUCGAGGGCGCUGGGGUGCUUGGGUGGCGCUCGCUGUUUUCAGCUGACCUCUAUAUAACAGCUGAAUGCAACGUUUUAUGUUUUUCCACUAAAGCGUCUGGGUACGAGGCUGUGAUUAAACAAUAUAAACGGGUGGGCAUGGAUGGAUUUCACUACUAGUAUCUGGGUUCGAGGCUGGUCUAAUUAAAAUGGCGUUCUUAUUUAUCUAGUUAGCCACAUACGAAGAUAUUUUGCAUUGAUGAGUUUACAGACGGUGCCUUGUUGGAUGUAAAUUAGUCAACUUUUAUUAUGUUAAUGAACACCGCAGGGUGCAGCAAGGUCAACAACAAAUGCAUGUACACAUCGUUGCGCGCACACACUGACACAGGUCUCAGCGUUUUCUGAAGAUAAAUAAAGCAAAAGUAUGGGCGCUAAAAAAGAUCUUAAAGCCUUAUUUUUGCGCUUGGUUUUGGUUGUUGUGUACUGUCUGAUAGGUGCAGCAAUAUUCUAUGCCAUCGAACAUGAGGAUAUCGAUGACCACGAAGUAGAGAAAGAAGCAAGGAGGAAGGAGCAAUUGUACAAUGAGACGAAGAGAGAGAUUAUGCAGAAGUUUAAUAUUAGUGAGACAGAGUAUGAAUUACUGAAGACGAAGAUUAUACAAGCCAAUUCAAUGAAAUCAAACAAUCGAACGACUUCGGAGACGGAAUGGACGUUUACAAGGGGAAUAGAUUUAUGUUGGCAGACUAUUACUACAGUUGGUUAUGGCAACAAGACACCCUCAACGCUUGCAGGACAACUCUUCCUCAUCCCCUUUGCUCUGUUUGGAAUUCCUUUAACAGUACUUAUGUUGAACACGUUUGGUCAAAAUAUUUGUCAUUUCGUGUGCUUCAUUAUUCAAACUAUCGAGAAAAAGUUACUCGGAAGAAAGAAAGAAGAAGCAUGUAAAGUGAAAUCUCUUCUAGUAGUUUCUUUUCUGUCCAUCUCUUUGUUGUUUCUCAUGGCUGGUAUAAGUGUCCAUUUUGAAGGCUGGAGUUUUGGUCUAGGAUUAUACGUUUGGUUUGUUACAUUUACUACAGUUGGAUUUGGUGAUUUUAUUCCAGGACAAGAGCCUGGUGAGAGAGAUGGCGUCGCUGCCAUCCUAUACCGGCUUAUUUUUGUCGUAAUUGGUUUGAGUUUAAUAUCGACACUUUUCAAUGCAAUGGCGGACUGUGUUGAGGACAAAAGGAAAAAAGCGCAUUCAAAAUCCUGGUUUGCAUUCUUUGUUUCUGCAUUUGAUGCAAAGAAGGAAACAAAAAACGAAAUAGAAAUGGGUGUGUCUAAAGCACCCAGCACUAACACAACAUUAUAAAUUUGGUUGAAACAGGCGAAACGGUUUGUACAGCGCAUAAGCGAAUGUAUAGAUUUUUUAUUGUGUUACCUUCAUCUGCGAGUGAAAAUUAUGGUGGAAUAAGUUAAACAAUCAUCGAAGGCUCAAAGAGAGUGAAAGGAACAUGUAAAGAUUUGCUGCAGAUAUUCUGAAACGUGAUAGAUCCAACAUCAUGCAGCGCGUUGAAUGUUGAACGCACAUGCAGUAUAUAACGUUAAAGGCACCUGGUAUAAUGUUGUUAAAGGCACCUGCAUGGUAUAAUGCUGAAUGCACCACAUAUAACGUUAAAUGCUAACAGUAUGAAAUAUUAAAGGCACCUGGUAUAAUGUUGUUAAAGGCACCUGCAUGGUAUAAUGCUGAAUGCACCACAUAUAACGUUAAAUGCUAACAGUAUGAAGUUUUAAAGGCACCUGGUAUAAUGUUGUUAAAGGCACCUGCAUGGUAUAAUGCAGAACGCACCACAAAUAACGUUAAAUGCUAACAGUAUGAAAUAUUAAAGGCACCUGGUAUAAUGUUGAACGCACAGUAUAAUAUGUUAUAAUGUUGAACCCACAGUAUAAAAUAUUAAAGGCACCUGGUAUAAUGUUGUUAAAGGCACCUGCAUGGUAUAAUGCUGAGCGCACCACAUAUAACGUUAAAUGCUAACAGUAUAAAAUAUUAAAGGCACCUGGCAUAAUGCUGAACCAUUGACCGUAACUAAUACAAAUCCGUUGCAGUAGACAAAUCUAAGAAAAACUUUCGUUGAAUUUCUUUUUUCGAAAACUAAAUUCGCGUUAGAUUGGCCAAAACACUUUGCACUAUUGUAAAGGACGCUUACGAUUACUAAGUACUCUGCAUGACGGUAGAAUUUCGUUUUGCAUUUUCGCAAACCGGCAUCGUGUACUUCCAUACUGUUUCAAAUUCUGCCUGUUUUGUGUCAACGCAGGGUUUAAUAUUGUCUAAUAUUCUUCGUGAGUGUAUCUGAAUCUAAAAGCUAUCUGAUUCUAAAAGCGCUGUACCAAACCUACCAGCGAUCUCAUGUUGACUUAUUGUCCUAAAUUAUAUCAACUCCCGCGGUUUGUUUUUGCCAACAAUAUAUUCUCAAGCCAAACCACAUAGUUGGUUAAAAAUUGAAAACGUCUUAUCUUGGUUUUGGUAGCAUUUACCGACAUAUCAUGGCUUCUACUUUGGGGUCCUAGAAAACGAUGCCUCGUUUACAAUCUUGUGUAAAUAGUCCGGUUACUUUAAAUAAACUAGCAGUGUGAUCAUCCAACAGUCUAUUGCAAAAAGAAGAGGAAAACUGCAAAAUUAUAUAACAACUUAGGCAAGAAUACUUUGCGACAAAGUUAGUCAACACAUUUUGGGUUAGUUUUAUGAUGUCACGUAAUGCAGGGCCGAUGUAAUAAUUUAGUCCUCAGUCGAUAUAAACAAGCCAAUGCUGUUAAAUUACACGUUUCUCGUUUUAUAUAAUUAUCAAGUUUUUACUUUUAAACAUUCUAUACGAUAUUGCCCUGCCUUAUUACGCCAUUAUAUUAGCCUAUUAAAGGCUAAAACUGAUUGAAAAUUUUUCAUUCGUUGCGCCUUAUUCAAAAGGUGUGACCAAAAAUUUGUAGCAAUCAUUUUAACAGUUUGUCCUGGUGGUUGGUCUUCACUUUAUACCGCCCGUAGAUUUAAGAAAUAAAUAAUGAAGGUGAUAGAUAAUGAAUGAUGAAUGAAUAUUAUAGAUGAUAACAAGGUCAAUGUUUAUAUGACCCACAAAGAGAUAGUAACAUGCAGUGUUUCGGAAAGACACUUCCAAUGGACAAGUAACAGACUCCUGUAAGGUAAAAGAUCCUUGCAGGGGGUACAAUGAACAAUGGAAAACAAUGUGAGGAUUAAGUAGUAUCGACUGUAUCAUGUAAAAAAAAGCAAGCAGCAUCCAAAGAAACCGAUAAAUACGACUGUACAAUAAAUCAAUAAUACUUAAGAAUGUUUACCAAACAUAGAACGAUGGAUCAUGUUUGUCAAUCUACUGGCAUUUAGAGUUCACUUGCACACGUCUUACUCAUCGACUUAAUUCAAACGUCUUUUUAUAAAUCAUUCAUGAAUGCAUACUUCACGAUAGAUAACAAGCUGAGAUAAUUCGUUGCAAGAAGUCUUGAAGACCUCAUUUAAAUCAUUAAUAAUUAGAUAACAGCUUUGCGCUCCGCCAAUAGUGGUUACGUCAACUCGGCGUUGCCAACUGGCAAUGGCCUGCCUUUUUUUACAAAUCCAGUCGUAUAUAUUGGGCGCAACGAGACUGCGCCACUUGAGAAGACAUUCAACUUGUGAUAUUGCUUGCGACAGGUGUCGGUUGAAUACAUCUGCACGUUCAAAGAAACUAAUAAUAUUACCAUUCAUAACAUAAUCGUCUAUCUAACAUCGCCGAUGGAAACACAGACGAAACCUACCCCACGCAGACUCAUCUGAGAUAAUGGCAACGAAUACAGACUCUACUUUAUAUGACACUCGAACACUCGUAUUUCGAUU